UGAAGUGAGCUUCCUGCCGUGGAUUAGUACGUGUCUUGUCUGACCGUGGCCAUCAGAAUCCUGCAGUGAAUCCGCCUCUCUCUGAACCUCUGUCCUCGUACCUGGAUCUCUGGGGUCUAAUCUGGGCCCUCACAGGAGCCUGAGGUGUCUUCCCCGUUCCCGUCGCUGAGACUGCACCUUCGCCUUCUGACCUCCUCCAAAUCGAGUUCCUCGCCAUGCUGGCAACACUGGAGACAGUGCGGUACCUCCAGGACUUUGGUUCCCGGACCUGGGGGGACCCCCCCCAGGCCGAGGUGGACCUGGACGUCAUUGAAGAGUACCUCCAGGAGCACUCAGCGGAGGUUCAGCAAGGCGCCAGUGUCCAGUGUGGAGAUAAAGAGGAGUCCAGCAUUGUAGAGAACAGCUGGUCGGGGCGCUUUGCCUACGAGUGGCACUAUCAUACCCCAGUUCCUGAUAAGAGUGAUGCCUGGGAUGCGUCCGCUCACUGGAUUCGAGCCUCUGCUUCUCAGCCGGGCCAGUGCCAAUUCAUCUAUGAUGCCAAUCCUGGCAGCGACUCCGACUCCCAGUCCACCAGCUCUGGUUGCCACGACUACCCCCCGUCGCCCCAUGUGGAGAGACGAGGGAAGAAGACCUGCAAUGCUCCCCCGCUUACGUCCAUCACAGGUCGGAAGAAAGAACGUCUCUUCCAGUUUCUCUACGAGAUGCUGCAGAACCCAGAGAUGCGCAGUUGCAUCUGGUGGGUCCAGUCGGGCAACGGAACCUUCCAGUUCUCCUCCCAGAACAAGGAGCGUCUGGCCGAGAUGUGGGGCCGGCGCAAGGGCAACCGCAAGACCAUGACCUACCAGAAGAUGGCGCGUGCACUCCGCAACUACUCCCGUACCGGGGAGAUCUGCAAGGUCAAGAGGAAGCUCACCUACAAGUUCACCGAGGACACCCUCAGGGGACUCCGCAUGGACGGGAAUAAGGCCGUGGUGGCUUAGCGCAGAUCAGGAAUCACAACUCGAAAAUAGUAUGCCGCAAAUACUGUAUUUGUGUGUCAGUAAGUCUGUGAGGCCGUUAGACGCGGCACCCUUGCAGAGCGCCAGUCAGAAGCAAAAAAGUUUCAAUCCUAGAAUGAACAGGGGUUGCCCUGAUGCACAGAUUCAUAAAUCAACCUCUGGCCCAGCAGACGGACAGAGAGGGAUGCGAGGUGCCUUCGAGAAUAUCUAUAAAUCUCAGGAUUGUCAGUUCAGAACUACUUUAUAAGUAGACCUUUUGUUUAUGUCGAAAGUAUUGCAUUUCAGGUGAAGAAAAUGUACAGCUUGUAUAAUAUUCCUUUGUCUUGUUUUCACACAGUAUGCCGAUGUUUGUUGAUAUCCCACUGUUUCCUGGGAAUAUUUUUAAUACAUUUUUAUAAGAAAAACACGGUUCCCUUUAUUUCUUGUGAUAAUUUAACUACAUCACUCGGUUUCUUCGAACAUCAUACAAAACCUAUAAAGCUUUAAUCGAGAGGGCAAAAUAAUGCAGUAGUACACUCUUACUUAAUGUUUUAAUUAACCAGAAACCAUUAAAUACGUGCUGACCCCACGUUCAUUUAUCAUUAAUCAGUCGUGUGUUCCAUGUAGUGACUGCAUUGCUUCAUGAUUUGUACUUAGUUACUCGUGCCCCCUC